AUGGAGGGCGACGAACCCGCUGAAUCGUCUCAGUCCAAAGGACCACGCUUCGCCACGAGUGAUCGCGCUGUCUACACCGUCGGCAAACACACAGUUAUUCUCUCCAUCUCAAAGUCACCUGAAGUCAUUGACGCAAACUUUGCUUUCGACACAGAAUCAUGUCUUAUCUACGCUGAACGCAUUGAGAUACGAGGCUCUCUGAACAUACCCGGUAGAAGUAUCGGAAUCUUUUGCUCAGAACUCCAGCUAUUUCCCAUUAGCGGUGAAACACAUUGUACAAUUGAUGUUAGUGGAAAAAACGGUUCUCCACCAUCAGCUAAUACCCCCAACACCGCUCAUGGUGAGGCUGGUGGCAACAUUGAAGUUUUUGUGGAGGAUUUGGAGAGUUUACAAGUCAACAAAUUCAUGUUACGUUCUGCCGGCGGAAACGGAGUAUCUGGAUGGGAUGCCACACAAGGCGUGGGUGGGAAGGGAGGAAAUGGUGGCCAUGGUGGCCGAAUAACUGUUGUAUACGCCAAUCCCGUAUAUGAGUUUCUGGGGCGACUUUAUGACAUGCGAAGCGCUUCCUGGCCAGAGAAACUCCGCGUGGUCCAAGGUUUCCUUAGCACUACCAUGCCAAGCCUAGCGACACCAAAACUGUCUACCCAGGUGCUAGAGAGUUUGAAAAAGAUACCAAGUACAUAUGGUAGAUAUCGUGAUCUUAUAGAGCAGCUGGGGUAUGGCGUGAAGAGCAUUCUAUAUCCUCAAAACGCUAUGGUAUCGCUCCCGAACGAAGAUCUCGAGAAAGUGGCCACAGACGCUCUCGAAACACUCAAGUCUCAUCUGGAUGCAGGAGAAACUCCCGAACUCAAUGAUGCAUUUAGAUUCGAGUAUCUGGACACGCUGAAGGAAACGAUUACCAAGUGGCUUGCUGAUCGAGAAGAUAACGACGAUGUGGAGUACAAAGAUCUUAUGGUGUUACUGGCAUCGCUGUCAUCUAAAUUGGCAACCUCGACGCAAGAUACACGUCUUACCAGUCUCUUACAUGCUCUUGAGCAGAAUCUAAACGACUGCGUCCAGGAGACAAAUGUCCACAUUUUGAACUGCGUUACAGUAACUGGAGGUUCGGGCAAUCCUGGUGGCCGAAGUGCUGCAGGGUUUGACCCAAAAUUUGGAGAGCACGGCCUGCAUGGUAAACCAGGAACAGUUGAGGCCACAGCCAUCUGUCUUUCAGGUAGCGAGGUGGUGAUUGGUGCUAUAUCAAAAGUCCCCUUCGCCUUCAUCCAUCCUGAUCAAUGCCGCAUGCUCCUCAAACAGGCAGAAGCCCUUUACUUCGCCUCUGGGCCGGGUGACUGGAAAACCGCUGAAGAUUUGCUUGCGAAAAUAGAGCGAAGAUUGUGCUUUGUUCCCAGUCUUGUAAAAGAAGUCAAAUCGCCUUCCCCUUCACCAAAUCCUUCACCACUGCUACAAGCCUACGGCGUUAUGGAGUUUUCCAAUCACCUCACCUUGCAUGCUAUCGGGCAAUUGAAUGCAUGCUACAAUAAUGCCAGGACCUGGCGUGCACGGUUAGCCCUGGGCUAUGACAUGUUCAAUCAUGCUCCCAAUUGGGCUCCUCGUUUUUCGGUAACUUUCUACGAGAAACAGUUAUCAAAACAAUUGAGGUAUCUCUCUGAAUUGGAAUCAAAAACCAAGAACUACGAGAACCAAGCUCAAGACGAUAUCGCAGCGCGUCAAUUCGCACUUGAAGGUUUACAGGCAACACAUUACUGCCUCAAUCAGGCUAGAGCUAUGGUUAGCGCAAUUGCUGGUGACAACGGAUUCUUACAGCUUACUGGUGCGAGGAUCGUUUUGUUAACCUCUACGGUACAAGAGAAACGAGGAUUCAUAGUAAAGCUGAUUGCGAACCUCAAACAGGCUCUCAGUAAAGUUCUGGAUUGGGACAUAGAAAAGACUGUCGAGGCGUUAUCGUCGUUAUGCUUUGCACCAACUUCUUUCAACUUUGCGGUACAAUCGUUUGGUUUGGGCUACAAGACGGUCUCCGACAUUACUGACCAGGAGGGUAAUCAUGUCAAGAAAGAAUACGUGAUCAAAAAGAUGGUCAAGUCUGGCAAGACUCUCGAGUCUCUGCAAGAGGUCUUUUCGGUCAAUAGAGACGGAGAAAUAUCGGUGGAUGAUCCUUCAGCCUUGAAGAUCACAGCCACAGCCGAGGAGAUCAAAUCUCUGAUUGAGCAGUUUCGCGCAAAGCUGCCAAAGGACAAGUCAGAAGAACUUCUCGAGAGGUUAGAUGGCUUCCUAGACCUUAUCCUCACACGCAACCGAGAGGUGCUCAACUACAAUAUGGCAUUGGUGUCACUCAAGGAGGCGCGCGAUGCAGUGGAACUCAAUACCAAGAGGAGCGACAGUUAUGCCAAACAAAAAAUGGAACUUGAUCCUAAUAUACCGGCGGUUGCGUUUUGGCUCCGCGAUAUGCGCGAUAACUUACGUCUUGAAGUCAUGCGUCUACUCAACUUUCAAAGUCGUGCACUACAAUUCUGGGCACUUGUGGAACCGACAGCCUUUUCAGGAAGUUCAGGACCACUAAGGGAUGGUUCUGACCUAGACGUCGAUUGCUCUUUGCUAGUCAAGGAUUUCGAAGACGGGAUGAAUAAUCUCUAUCGGAACAGUUACUGGUCUACUUGGCCUAAUCCUCCAGUAAUCGGUGGUCAUGGUAGUGUGUUAUACCAAUUGUCACCUGCCGAGUUGAACACAUUCAAGACAAAAAUUCAGGGUGUUCACACAGUACCUGUAAAGCUCAGUCCUGAGUCUCUGGGUCCAGUGCCACAGAAGCCCAAUGUUCCAAGAUCUCGCCUUUUUGCUGGCAAAUACAACAUCCGUAUCAACCAGGUGUGCGUUUGGCUGCUCAAUGUUCAAGGAGAGCAACCCGACGGCAGAGGCUUGAACACAAUGACAGUUGAUAUUACACACAUGGGUCUCGAAACCUUUCACAGUCCGAAUGGAUCUCGGCGAGAAUUCAAUCACGACUUCGUCAACAUGCAGUUUCAGUUUGAGUACGACAAGGUCAAAACCUUGGACGAUUGCACUGGAGAUCGAGUGCAUAGCAGACAGGACAUCACAAACAAUUACGUACAUGGUGAUGUUACGGAAAGCUCGGUAGCGGCUAUAGGUCCAUAUGCAACAUGGCUAUUGAAGAUUGAUACAAAUGACAACCCCGGUAUCAAUAUUCAGGGGAAGGACAUUCAGGUUUUCAUAGAGUUCCAUGGAGCUAGCAUGAGCAGAGCUGUUUAG